UAUUCAUUCAUCUAGGUUUCACGGUUGGCCUUGAUCAAGGAGUUCUAACAGCUAUCUGUAACAUAACAUAGAUCUGGUGGGAGUAUUUUAGAAGCUGCUGACAAAUUGGAUCUUUAGGAGUGGAAGUAAACAAUCAUGCUCAAGUUAUCGCCGCGAAGGAACCAGAGGAGCAGCAGGGGAGUCAAGGUGAAGCACGCCCUUCACAUAUGUGUACUGGGAGGCGUCUGCAUUUGGCUGCUCUAUCAAGUCUACCACUGGCGAAACAAGACCGCGACAUACGAGGAGGCGUCAAAGAAGGCGGAACCUGGAAACCGCAAUGAUUUCAUCAAGUUGGGGAGGAAGGACCUGGAUCCUCGUAUAGAGGAAAUGACUGCCGAAGACCUCAAGAAUGGCGGGCAGGACGCGGAAGAGGGCAAGAGUUUUGACGACGACAGCAACAAGGCGGAAGAGCUUGAACAAGAUCAGGAAAAGGUGGGAGAGAGUGAGUCGCUGAACAGACAGAAAGGAGGUGAAGAAAGCUCGGAACCAGAAGUUAAGGGAGGAGAUGAGAGUAGUGGCGAGAAAGAGGAAGAGAGUCGAAAUGAGGAACAAAAGGGGGCGGAGCAUGAAAAAGCAGUCGAAGAAGAGAACGAGGUUGGAAAAGGGGAAGAAACAGAAAAGCUAAGUGAUAGCAAAGAAGAGAAGGGGGAGAGCAAUAGAAGUGAAGAAAGAAAUGAAAAUGGAGGCAUAGUGAAGGGAGUAGAGGUAGAGGAAAACAAUGAGAAAAGAGAUACAAUGAGUGAAGGAGAAGAGAUGCAAGAGAGCAAAGAAAAGGACACAGAGAACAUAGUUGCAGCAGCAGAAAAUGGCACUCAUGACUCUCAGGAAGAUAGUUUAGCCAAGAAAGGUAAUGCAGAGACCAUGACCAUGAAAGAACAAGAUGAACCCAAAAAUAGCCCAAAGAAUGCAAAAGAUCAUGACAAGAAUAGUGAGUCAGGUUCAGGUUCAGGUUCAGGUUCAAUUUCAAAGUCAGCAGAAGUAAAAAAUGGAGCAUCCUUAGGAGGGACAGGGAAAACCAGUUUGGAGGAUAGCUCCAAUCCUACAGAAGGAACAAUAGAAGCAAAAGAACAGCAGCAAAUGGAGGAUAACUCCAAUGCCAUGGCAGGAAUAAUGGAAGCUAAAGAACAGCAGCAAGUACCUGAUAAGCCAGUCACUAAUGCUACGCAAACAGAGAAUGGAUCUGCCGGUUCAGGGGAUGAAUCCAAUGCUGUUGGUGGUGAAACCGGUUUGGAGGAUAAUUCCAAUCCUACAGUGGGUUCAAAGGAAGGGAAUAAACAGCAACAAGAACAUGAUAACUCCAUAACUGGUUUAAUUCAAACCAAAAACAAACCUGUUGAUAAUGCUGAUUCUAGUGGAGAUGGCAAAGAAACUGUUCCAAGAGAACAGACUGAUAGCUCAGAUGCAAAUUCUACUUCUUCCUCAACAAAUGGAGAAUCAAGUCCAAAUUCUACAUCUGGCGAACAAACUUCAGUUUCAGCUGCUCAAACAGAGAUGACUAAGGGUUUGACAAAGCAGAUGUCGGGUGCUGACUCUGGUUCUGGAGAGAAAAUUAACCCCUCAAGUGACAACAACGAGACUACCAAUCUAAGUGAAAACAAUUCAACAGAUUCAUCAACCUCUCAAAAUGAAGAUUCAUCUUCAGGCUCAACUACAAACCCAAAUGACGGCCAACAGAACCAAUUCGAGUCAUCCAAUUCAGCUCUUCAAGAAGAGACAGAUGUCCGUACUGAUUUGGAAACUAUACCAGAAUUCCCACAAACAGAAACUGGAGGGAACAACCAUGAAGCUACAGAGUAACAGAUCAUGUUUUUCUUUUUGAAGACUAGUCAUUUUUGUUUCUUUUCUACCAUUUACCAAAUGGAUAGCCAGGAAAUUACAGUAUUUGAUGUUUGCUAGUCAGCCAGUGUCAAGCCAAGCAACACUGUAUAAAGUAUAGUAUUUGACAUUACAAAAAUAGUUAAAGUGGGUUCAGAUGAAUGGAAAAUUGGGUGAUAA